GUAAGAAACUUUUUAGGAUCUUGCUGUCGUUUUAUGUCUUCUUUUAUAGUGUUUGAGUUCAUACUAAAUUACGAUUGUUUUACAGUUGGAACAACAGUUGUACAAAAUAUGGUAUUUUGGCGGGAACUAUGGUUACAUGGUACAGUUUUGUUUGGCUAGGAGUAAUAAAAUCUCCUCCUCUCCAUAAAAAAAUAUUGGAGAGAGAGUCAAAGCCAAUAGCAAGUUCUUUCCUGUCGCUCUUAUUUGUCGUUAUCACUGGACUAUUUUCAUUCAACCGUUCGUGUUUGUUUGUCGGUGAAAAGUUUCGGUGACCGCUUCAGAGUAAAUUACAUCAUUAUCAUGCUAAUGAUCUGACCACUGCCCUGUUUACGUCAUAGUCAGGGUGUCAGAGCGCGCGGGCAGCUGAGUCCAGACAGAGCGCUUUCAGAGCGCGCGACUGUGAAGAUUCAUUCACAGCGCGCGACAAAAGGAGAUGCGUUACAUAAACACUGCAGCGCGAGUGAUCCAGCUUUAACCUAAACAUUUACAUGCACAGACCUCCAGUGUAGCCAGAGGGUAAAACCGUUUGGCUUGUCUAUGCUUGAUGACCAGACAUCGGGAUGGCUGGGAAGCCAUUCCGCGCCACGUACAUCUGGACCAACAUAAUCAACAACCUUCAAACGCAGGUUGAAGUAAAGAGGAGACGCCACAAUCUGAAAAUCUAUCAUGACUGCUUCCUGGGCUCCGAGGCCGUGGACGUGGUUCUGGCUCACAUCAUUCAGAGCAAGUUCUGUGAAGAUGCAGAUGUGCCUCGUUCCAAAGCAGUACGCCUGUGCCAGGCCCUCAUGGAGGCCAGGAUCUUCGAGGCAGUGGACACCAAGGUGUUUGGGAAAGAAAAGAGGCAAGCAAAGUUUGAGGACAGCAGCUGUAGUCUGUACAGGUUCCUAAACAGGCCGGCCACCAGCACGUCGAGCUCAGAAACCAUUGAGAGUGGAUAUGAUUCUUCCAGCAUACAGAGGAACAGUUACAGUCCAUCCUACCAAAGGACAGAGGAACCUGUGUAUUCAAACAACUCACCUGUCAAAACAGAUACAUCUCUGGAGGAUGUUUUGGGAAAUCUGAACAUGAACACCACUAUCACGCCACAGAUGAUGAAUCUGGGUUUAUCACAGGAGUUGAUGGAUGAGAUGUGGCGACAGCAGACGGUGCUGAGGCUUCUGCAGUUGAUUGAACUGCCUCUUCUGGAGAGUCUUUUGGAGGGCAGAGAGAGUCCUCGCCCGCCCCUCCACAGUAUGGACAGCGACCCAGACCUGCUCUACACCAGCAGCUACCUGGACCGCGAGAUCCUGAAGGCCUUCAGCGAAGCUCAGGCAGAUAACUGGUUGUCGGCAGCUGUGGACUGUCUGGAGUUUCUUCCUGAUCAGCUGGUGGUGGAUGUGAGCCGAGGUUUAGCCAAGUGUGCGGAGGAAACGUCCCAGUACAAGCAGCUGCUCUAUGGAGUCCUCGUUCAGCACUACGGCCAGUCUGAAUACCCACCGCUGCUCAGCAACCACGUCUUCGACAUCCACUCAGGCAUCUCUGAGCUGCUUGUGAAUGGGAAGCAGGAGCAGGCACUGGAGUCUCUUCAGCUUUGUCUGAAGCUCCAGGAUUCUCGCAGUAGAGAGGAGCUCCGCAGGUUACUGCGCUUCAUGGCCCUCGCCGCCAGCCCCCAGGAGGUCAAAUUAAACAAAGAGAUAGAGAACAGAAUGGCAGUAAAGAGGGCGUUCUCCAACGCGAUUGUGUAUAGGAUGAAACUAGCGAAGGGGAAGGUUGAUCUUCUGGUUCUUUUCAUGAUGGACAACCACCACGACCUCUUUAAGAUUCCUGUUACAUUGCACAAACUUGUAAGAGACAAACUGGUCUGCAUCAUCAAGGGAACAGAUCCAGAUCUCAUCACAGGUACAACAUAUUGUCGCCGGCUUACUGGAAAAGAGUACAUGGAAACAGUUCAGAAAACUACCAGAGAGGAGCUUUGGACUUUGCUUAAAACUAUUCACGAGAACUCAAAACUUUCUUUGAAAGAGAAGCGACGAUUAUUAGGACAAUUCUACAGAGGCCAUCCUGAAAUAUUCGUGCAAUAUUUUGGCAACAGAAUAUCCAGUGCUUGCAUUUGAAAGGAUUUUUAGUUAUACCAAAGAACUAUUGUAUAAAAUGUAAAGAAUAUCUUGUAUGUUGUAAAUAUGUAUAUGUUGUAGAAAAACCCAGAAGACUAGUUCAGGUUUAUUUACAUAUGUGCAUGUGAGCUCAUGUGCUGACAUAAAGGUCAAAGCCUGAUGAGUUUGAAUAAACAGAUUAUCGUGUGUCUGUACUGAUAUGUUUGAGUGUAGAUUUGUUGAAAUCCCAACACUUUUCUCUUAGUUCCUGUCUGUCAAUACUAAACAUGAAACUGGCUGCUCUCAGAACAUCACAAAAUAAAGUUGAGUACAAUUCAGUACCCCACUUUGUUUUCUAAUUGAACCCAUAGAACCAAUGGACCUAAAUUCAUCUAAAUGGAGAGAGAUAACUGUUACUUUCAUCUCAAUGCUUGGCCAGUCACAGCACAAAAAAAAAGACACUUUCCCUUUAUGUUAAAUACUCAUAUAAUACAACCAAAAAUCUUAAUUGAAACAAGUUUAUGGACAUGUUAUGCGUCAGCUACUCCUAGACUAGCUUUGAAAAGGGAAGGUCUGACGUCCUACAGAUCCUGUUCCCGAUGAAUGUAUUCUUUGUUGUUAUGUAACAGGGAUGGUGUUCAGAAUGAGCACUUUAGCAAUAACUUGAGGGAACAAUGCAACUGUCUUGUGACCUGCUGUGCAAAUUAGGCGUAGCAUCGACAAUAGCUGGACAACAAGAGCUAUAGAGAAAAUCCAGAACAACAGACAUCUGCAUGUGAUUCAGAAUAUAGAUGCAAGAAAUGGGCGGAUUAAUAAUUACAAUCAGAUGUUGAAGUUAACAGGUGGUCUUUUCCUAGUUUUGUGAUUUCUUUUUUUUUUAUAGGGUGAGGUACAUUCAAAU